GGGAACCGGCGCGCGACGCUGAAUUGUUGGCAGAGGGCCCAGGCGCCUGGUACUCGACGGCUGGGUGUACGGAGCAUAAGGGUCGCGCUGGUCGGCCGGAGGAGGCGGUGGCGGCGGAUAUGGGUGCGCUGCGUAUGAAUAAUUCGCCCUCUCUGGCUCAACGCGAUAUGUAUUCGGUUGCGGAGGAGGCGCUCUUUGUUGGCGCUCUGGCUGAGGGUCCUCUCUGGGGUAACUCGGCGGUUGCCCGUAGGGUGUCGAGGGACCUCCACCGGGCGCCGGGUCGUCGUUGAGGAUGCGGCUCAGCGACAUGACCGUCUAAACCAAGAUGUGGAGAAAAGCGGCGGCCUCGUGGGAGAAAACGACAGCGGAAACAGCACCCAGGUCGGACGGAACGCGUACACCACCGGGAUGUUCGCACUCGAUUUCGCCGUCGUGCCCGAUGCUGCGCGGCGUUCUCUGCUCGUCGUUGUGGCCACGAGACGACGAUGAGAAAGUGUUACAGACUGCACGUCCCUCUCGGGAGUGCCUUAUUACAGGGAAUUUUAUGCUCAAUUCGCUCCGAAUUGGGAAAGUUCCGAUUCCGAGCUUCGAUGUGCCCGCUUAUUCGACUCCUCCAACUCGUGCUCGGCGCGCUGGAACGACACCAGAAUGCCUCCUCCUGCCGAUGCUUUUGCAGUCAAAGUGCUGUUAUCUAUCUCUCGCGCCCUGUGCAGCCUUGCUGUCGUCACGAGUCGGAGCCGCCAUUGUUGAAGUUGGGGUGAUUGAUUAUUACAUACGAGAACUUCCCAAAUCCGGCACUCCUCCGAGACCCAUCACAGGGUCCAAGCGGCUUGUCAACCCGCUAUCGAGAUCAGAAAUCGCUCAGAUGGCCAAACUGCGUAAAAUUGGGCAAUUAUGGUACAAAACGGACCACCACUCCUCCCAGAGACCGAAGACAUGCACGAACAGGCGCACGGUAGAGAUCCUGCUUCUCACACCGGCGUUUCUGUUGGCAGCUCGCCGCACAGCCGGAAUGUAAACUGCUUCGCGUCACCGCGCUACCACCACCGUACUCGGCACGCCAUCUAGGGCUCGUCGGGGUACAGCAUCAGCUCAGGGCGGACCUUCUCGUCGAACU